AUGUCUUCGCGCGCCACCCACAGUCUCUCAUCCACAAGAAUGUCACACUCAUCAAGACGCCGCGGGCCUCGUGUCAAACCAGACCCAGAGGAUAAUACUUCUUCUAUGCCCGAUUCUGGAACUGUCAACUUCGGCAUUCGCACUGCUCCUCCUGCUCCCUCUAGUUACGGUGGCAGUACCAGCUAUAUUCCGCCCGAUCAGGCCUUCUAUCAUCAUAGAUCGGAUGCUCCAACACCAAGUGAGCGCAUCACUGAACCUGAACCUCUCUUGAGGGAACUCAGGAUGCGCCCCAACGCAGCCGCCGAGAGCCCAACCAAUGUUCCCACGGAUGGGAGCUUCUUUCAAACCUCCUUCCAGGACAUCGGAAAGAAGCUCAAGGCGUGCAAUGACACUCUGGGUGAGCUCCAGCAACUUGGCGUUGACCACGAUGUCCCGCUUCCCGAGCUUGUGCUUGUUGGCGAUCAGUCUGCAGGAAAAUCUAGUUUGAUGUCAGGUCUCGCAAAUCUCGACCUACCUCGCAGUGAGGGCACAUGCACACGAUGCCCGCUCCAUAUCAGGGUAUCACGAAGUCAUGAUCCCUCUUGCCGUGUAUCGCUACGCAAAGCAUACUCCUAUCAGCCCCCACCUAGUGGCCGCAUCUCGGAAGAGGACGUCACUGACAGAGAUCCUUUCUUCCCCUGGCGCAAACUACCAUCCAGUGCAACUCAUGAGUUCAAGACCAUGAUCGAUUACAGUGAGAUUGAAGAUGUUUUGAGGUGGGCCCAAAUCGCUAUUCUCAAUGACGACAAGAGUCACGAGCUAUUUGUCCCUGGCUCGGGUGCCCUGGCUGUCAACAUCCCCAUCGACAGAGCCGCCGAAGCAGUUGCCGCGAAGUUUUCACCGAAUAUCGUUGCACUCGAGAUCAAAGGCCCAGAACUUCCCGACCUUUCUUUCUACGAUAUGCCUGGUAUUUUCCAGAACCCUGCUGAUGCAAGCGACGACUAUCUUGUUAGUGUCGUGAGGAAUCUGUCCAAGGAGUAUAUCCAACACCCAUCUGCUAUUAUCAUGUGUUCUAUGCCAAUGAACAGCGAUGCAGAGAAUUCUUCAACUUUUGGUCUUAUACGUAGACUGGGCGCUCUUAACAGGACAAUCGGCGUUUUGACCAAGGCUGAUCUGAUACCGGAGGGUGGAAACCACGAGCAAUGGCUUGCUAUCAUGCGGGGACAAGCUCAUAUUGCUGGUCUGGGAUAUUUCAUCACUUCGCGGCCACAGGGCAAGGACCUUGAUGAACUCAAGAAAUGGGAAGAGCUAGUUUUCGUGGAUCAUUCUCUCGAGCGAUGGCCUGCAACGUUUCAUGGAUUUUCGGAGCGAUGUGGUGUGGAAAAAUUGAAGGCUUUCCUGUCGGAAAAGCUUGGGCAAGAAUUCGCGAAAAGUCUACCCCAUAUCAAGCAGAAGCUAAGACAGCGUCUAACUGACAUCGUUGAGCAACUGGACAAGCUACCAGAACUACCUGACAAUGUUGAACUCGAGGUCCAGACCAGUGUUAUGGAGUUUGGUGAACUGACCCGAACACAACUCAAGCCUUCCGAGUUCUCGAAGCAUUUCGUUCCGCUCCCGGAUAACUUUCGCGACUGUCUGCUAGAUAUGAAGCCCAAGUUUACCCUCAGAGAUAGCAGUGAUAUUCCUGUUGUUGAUAUUUCUGAUGAUGAGUCAGAUUCGGGGUCCGUGGCGCCAGCUAUCAACCCACAUACGCCUAGCAAGCGGCGGGCGAUGGCGCCGCCUAUUACGCCAUCUAAACGUGUUCGCAUGGAGCAAACCCCAGCAGGGACUCCCUCUCGAUCGCUACAGCCUGAAGACAGCAGAGCCAGCGUGGCCAACUCCCCUGCUCCCCGUCGGCAACUCUUCCCAGCCCCAUUUACUCCCUUUAGUGGAGUUGGGCGAGGCUUCAGGACUCUCCGACAAGUUCGUGAUGAGAUCAAGUCUAAGACCAGAGCUGGUGUACCUGACAUCAUCACUGAAGAAGUCUAUAACGACAUGUGCCGAGAAGCCAUUGAACCAUGGUCAGGGCCCAUGAAAGCAUUUCUCGAUCAUGUUAUGAGCCUGUUGGAUGACAUGCUUGAUCAGGCACUGGCCAAGUCUUUUGCAAGCCUCAAUAAGCGGUUGAUCUUCCGGGAGUGCAGGAAAAUUUUAACAGAGUAUCUCAACGACCGUCGCAGAGAAACAGCGGGAGCACUUGAUCUUGUGUAUCGCCUCGAAACGUACGGCCUGUUCACUGUCAAUCAGGAGGCCUUUCGCAGAUAUCAAAAGGACGAACAGAUUCUCUUAACGCGUUAUCGACACCAAAUGCGUAUGCAGGCCGCAGGGUACGGGGAUGGUCGAGCUCCUGUUCCGUGGGAAAGUCUUACAGAGGAGAAGCGUGUUCUCGACGAAAAGCGACGUGAAAACGAGUUGACAAAACUUGGACCGGACUCCUUCGAGCGGGAGCUGGAAGUGGUAGCUUACGUUAGAGGCUACUACCGCCUUGCAGCGCUGAGGUUCGCGGAUGCCGUGGCGUUGCACAUUACAAACGGCAUGAUACCGCAUAUUCAGCGAAAUUUGCCCUUCCAUCUCGACCGAAAACUAGGCAUUGCUGGAGCUGAUGCCAAGAGUGUUUAUGAGAGACUCAUGGAGGAGGAUUCCGACACCGCAGCCAGGCGGGGAACACUCAGGGGAGAACGCGAGAAAUUUGUGCGGGCUCUUGACAGCAUCGAGGAACUGGAGCGCGGAGCUGCCAGUAGCACCCUUUCGGAGGAAGAAAAUGAUGACGAUGACAUGACCGAUGUCCCCCUCAUGAGCGGUGCACUUCCCGCCGAGGAGAUCUGA